AUGCAGGGGGGUGGAUCGCUGGGGCGAGUGGCACAGGGGGGUGGAUCGCUGGGGCGAGUGGCACAGGGGGGUGGAUCGCUGGGGCGAGUGGCACAGGGGGGUGGAUCGCCGGGUGGCCCUCUGGUGGGUGUGGCAGCGCGGGCGAGCGGAGGGCGUGACGUGUACGUGGUGUGCGAGGGGGGGCGAGCGUGGGACGUGCAAGCCGCGGGGAGGCUGGAGGGAGGUGGGGGGGUGGCAGGCGGUGUGAAGAGCGGUGGCAUGGGCGCGGGAGGCGCGGCGGGUGUGGGGAUCGGUGGGAUGGGUGCGGGAGGCGAGUGGGAGCUGCUGCAGCAGCUGCUGCGGGGGUCGUCUCUGGUGAGCGAGGGUGAUGCUUCUGCUGCUGCUGCUCCUGCUGCUCCUCCUGCUGCUGCUGCUGCUGCUGCUGCUGGUGGCGCGGGUUCAGGAGGGGCGCUUCAAGCGCAAGCCAUGGGGCUGACACAGCAUACCAACCAGCACGCUGCUGCUGCUGUUGCCGCUUCGCGUUCUGCUUCUGCUGGUGGUGUUUUCGCUGCCAGCACGAGUGUGGCUCUGGAAGCGCCUGCGCGGUCCUCGUCCGGUCAGGGCGGAGGGGACUUGGGGAAAGGGGUGGCGGAGGGAGUUGUGCCGGGGGCAGGUGUGGCAGGGGGAGGUGUAUCUGGGAUAGGUGUGUCCCACUCCCCGCCCACCUCCAGCUCUCACCCCUCUAUCCCAGCCCGAAACCCGCCUGGAUGCAACCUGCUGCCUGCUGUCAGCAGCACCCCCACAGCCUGCUCGCCCCCAGCCAACCCGCUCCCACCCACUCCCACCACCGCCACGACCCACCAUGGCACCUUCCAUGAGCCCGCAAGACCUGCAUGCAAGAGCCAAGCCUCGCCCAGAACGCGCGCUGGCCCUGCUGCAUCUUCUAGGAGCCUCCCCGCAUCGGCAUCUGCGCCUGCAGGGGGGUCUAGGAGCAGCAGGGCGCGGAGGGCCCCCCCGUCCGCGCUGGCGUCUCGCCUGGCGGCCGUUCUGAACGACAUUCAGUCCAAGCCCGCCCCGCCCGCCCCACCCUUUGCCUCCGCCUCUGCCUCCCGCUUGUCCCCUCCCGCUGCCUCCGCCUGCCUCUCUCCAUCCGCCUACGCCUCUGCCCCUCCCUCGGACUUCGUGUUUGCCUCUGCCACCGCCUUCCCCUCCCUCGCUUCCUCUGACGCGUCUGGCGCUCGCGGCACGGAGGAGGAGCAGGCAGCGGCACAGAGGGGGGCUGCGGCGGGUGCGGCAGCAGGCAGAGAAGUGGUGCUGGUGGGGGGAAGGGUCAGGGGCAUGGACUCGUUUGACUUUUCCACGGCUUCUGCGGUGACUGGUGGUGCUGGAAGCGGGGGUGCUGCUGUGUUUGGCAGCGGUGGUGGUGGUGGGGGCGGGGGUGGGAGCAGCUUCACUGUUGCCCAGGAUGUGCUGCAGGCAAUGGGAGCGAAACCGUUGCUGCCAGGUGGCGCGACCAGAUUCGACGACCUUCAGUCCUUGCAGCCCCCGGGGUCUCGCCGCCGAACCUCCGGCCUCUACGGGGUCGGCCCGGUCUCUCUUGAUAACAGAGAUGCUCUUUCUCUUAACGAGUGUGGCUAUAGCGGGUCUGGCUCUCGGGUCCCCUGGGGAGCGUGGGAAGGAGGAGCAAGUGGUAUGUCAGAUCAGCUUAUAAAGGGGAUGGGGGAGAGCGCAGCAAGAGGAGGCACGGCUGCAGUGGCAGCACUGUCAGCAGCCUGGUGGGAGGCUCGGGGGCAGGUCGGAGCCUUGGAAUUCCCCAGGCCUACCGCCGGACCUGUAUCCGCUGAAAUCACCGGCCCGGAUGUUUCCGGGAAGUUUCGGUCGGUGGAGAAAUUUGCGCGGGCACAGAUGGUGGCGAUGGCAGAGGCGGCAGAGGUGGGGGACACCGGGCGGUUUCAUUCGGCGUUUGUGCAGCUGAAGCCGCUGGGGAAGGUGCGGGGAAACGCGGUGGAGCGGUUGACUCACUACGUGGUGGAAGGGUUGAUGAGGCGCAUGGCUGGGACGGGGUUUCAACACUUCUGCACCCCUCUCAGGCGCCCUCCCAAGGAGCUAGACGAGGCCCUCACGCUCUACUCCUCCUCACAGCCCUUCCCACUCUUCGGCAGCAUCUCACUCGCGCACCUAAUCGCAGAGGCAGUGAGUGGCAGCACGCACGUGCACAUAGUGGACUUCGGGUGCUUCCAGCCCAUCCACCUGCCCGUGCUCAUGGAGCUCCUCGCCUCGCGCCCCGGGGGCCCUCCUUCCUUGCGCCUCACGGGGAUGGACACGGCGAGCUUUAUUUGCGCGGGGAGGAAGGACUUCAAGAGGCUGCGGGCGAUGGAGGACGUGGGGAGGCGGCUGCGGGGCGUGGCGCGGCACCUGGGCGUGCCGUUUGAGUUUGAGAGUGUCAAUGUGGACGAGGACAAUCUGCAGCUGCUGUACCAGGCGCUGGUGGUGGUGUGCUUUCCUUUGGCCCAUACUGCCGCCGCCUGGAUGCUCUCCUCUCUUACCCUUUGCUGCCCACCCCCCUCCCCUGUCCCCCAGGUGAAGCAGCGGUGGAACGAGGCGCUGGUGGUGUUGUUCUUUCCCUUUGCCCAUACCGCCGCCCCCACAUGCCCUCCUCUCCAACGCUCUCCUCCCCCUCCACCCCUCUUCUCCCCUCCACCUGCAGGUGAAGCGGUGGUGGCACGAGGCGCUAGUGACCCUGGUGGUGGUGUGCUUCCUGGAGCUGCUGCUGCUGCCCGACUCCCCCAACGGCCCUCGCCACUGCGUACUCAGGGUCAGUCAACCCUCACACCCUCUCGUGCUGCGUGCGGCGGUCGACCGACUUACAUGGACCCUCUCACCUGCGUGCUGCUCAUCCCACCCCUUGCCUUGCCACGUCCUUCAUUCAACCCCUCCUUUCUGUCCCCCCCACUUGCUGUUCCACCAACCGCUUGUUCCAUCCCCACUUCAUCUCUCCCCAUUCUCUCCGCCACCCCUAACUCACAUCUCCCCGUCGUCAUCCCCCCUUCCCAUCGCUCCCCACCCCAUCCCUCCUCAUCCCUCCCCAUCUCCCCCCCACCUUCCCCCCUCUCGUCCCCCCACUUCCCAGUGGAUCCAUGA